AUGCAAGUAUCAAAACUGAUGUUGGCGGCUGCUUUGGCAGCCAGCCACGUUAUUUCUGUCGUUGCGCAAGACUUGGGCGACGCCGCCUCAGUAGUGGAGCCAGAAAGCUUCAACGUUGCUGAAGCACUCUUGACGCACGGCAUUGAUGUGUCUGAGAUCCCCGAUCUGACUGGCGUCGGCAAACGGUCAGAGAUCGGGUGCUCUGCAGCUUGCGGCUCACUGCAGUUCAUUUAUGGCGACGCCGCCGUCGAGACGAGAAAUGAGACGGCAUACACCGCAUUUGUUAGUUCGUACUGGUCAGCGAACCAGGCUGAGGUCAGGCCUCACUGCAUCUUCAAGCCGUCCAAGCCAGAGGAGGUGUCAGUAGUGGUUCUUCUAUCUCGGCUGACGCAGUGCCCCUUCGCAGCCAAGAGCGGCGGGCACGCUGCGAUGGCUGGGGCGUCCAGUGCCGAAGGCGGGAUUACCAUCUCGUUCGUGAACAUGAAGGGCAUUUCGUUGUCUGCUGACAAAAAGGUUGCCUCGAUCCAGCCUGGGAACAUCUGGGGCGAUGUUUAUGAGGAGCUGACCAAAUCUGAUCUCACUGUCAUUGGGGGACGCUUGUACAACAUUGGUGUCGGAGGACUCACCACCGGAGCCUCUACGGUUGGGCUUGUGACAAUGUCGAGAGCUACGAUGUACGUCAACUAUCUCAAGGUCACAUACAUGAGCUUACAUGGACAGGUGGUAAUCGCAAGCGGACCCAUCAUCCGACCGACGGCAACCCAGUUCCCGGACCUCUACUGGGCGCUCCGCGGCGGCGGGAACAACUUUGGCCUCGUCGUCAGCUUCAACCUCCUCACCCAUCCGCUACCCGGUGGUAGCAUGUGGGGCGGCUCCAGGACCUACUUGGAAAACAGCUUUCCCCAGAUCACAGAGGCCUUCGCCAACUCCAUCGCCAACGCGGAGGAGGAUCCCAAAGCCGGUAUGUGGCACGUGUACAUCUACUCUAACGGCACCAAGCUCUCGUCGACGACGCUUUAUUACUCGGAGCCGGAUGGCGGCAAUGCCGACUUCUUUUCUGAGUGGAACGCCAUUCCCGCCGUCUCAAACACGACGCAGAACCGCGUUGUUGCCGAAUUCGCCAGAGAGGGUAUGGAGAGCUCGCCGCCGGGCCUGCGGGAGAUUUACGCCGUCAUCAGCACCAAAGCAAACAUCGAGAUCGUCGAGCUCGCCCGCAACACCUACUUUGAAGAGGUUCUCGCUGUCGCGGACGUGCCGGGCAUUGUACCCGCUUUGGUGAUCCAGGGCAUCACCGUGCCGAUGCUGAAGCACAUGCAGAAGAACGGCGGCAACGCCCUCGGACUGGACACCGAAGACGGACCGUUCUACAUCGUGCUGAUCUCCAUCAUGUGGAGCAACAAGGAGGACGACGAUGCGGUGUACGGCUUUGCGUCGACGCUGUUAGAGAAGAUCAACGCCGGGGCCAAGGCGCGGGGGAUGGACAACGACUAUAUCUACUUGAACUACGCCGGGCAGUUCCAAGAAGCCAUCAGCGGGUACGGGGCGGAGAACAAAGACAGGCUGAAGGGUGUUGCGAAGAAGUAUGAUCCGAAGGAGGUUUUCCAGAAGCUACAGCCUGGGUACUUCAAGCUUGAUCGCGGGCCGGUUUCGGACCCGCGGUUCUUUAACUGGUAG